GGUCUCGGUUCCCAUGGCGACACUUCCUGUGGCAGCCGAAAGCGGUAGUGCCGGGGAGCGCCGGGCCGGGCCGGGAGAGCCGCGCCGCCGGCCGGGGAUGCUGCGGGGCCGCGGGCCGCGCCGGUAGCGCGCUCGGCCGGGCGGUGCCAGGCAUGCAGGGCAAGGCCAAGCUGCUGCUGGUCCACAACGGCCGCAUGGGCCCGGCUGUGUCGGAUGGAGAGUUAAACGCCUCCAGGGCCCGUGGCAGCAACCACAGUGUGAACAGCCUGCCAGGACCGCCGGCCACCUGUGGCUCUACACAGGGGUCUGUGGUCAGCUGGGCCAAAUCUUUCGAGACGCUGCUGCAGGACCGCGUGGCUGUUACCUACUUCACUGAGUUCCUCAAGAAGGAGUUCAGCGCCGAAAACGUCUAUUUCUGGCAGGCAUGCGAGCGCUUCCAGCAGAUCCCGGCCAGCGACACGCAGCAGCUGGCCCAGGAGGCACGGCGGAUCUACGAUGAGUUCCUCUCCAGCCACUCGGUCAGUCCCGUGAACAUUGACAAGCAGGCCUGGAUUGGAGAGGACAUGUUGGCCGCCCCCUCCCCAGACAUGUUUCGCGUCCAGCAGCUCCAGAUCUUUAACCUGAUGAAGUUUGACAGCUACACACGCUUCGUGAAAUCCCCGCUCUACCAGGCCUGCCUGCGGGCAGAGAGCCAGGGGCAGCCCCUGCCCGACCUGCGGCCCCACUCCCGCAGCAGCAGUCCCCCACCUGACCUCAGCAAGAAGUCGAAGCUGAAGCUGGGCAAGUCCCUGCCACUGGGCGUGGAGACAGCAGGCAGCAGUGCCAACCGCAGCCCUCGACGGUCCUUCAGGAAGGGAGAGCGGCGGGAACCUUCCUGGGCAGAGGGGGGAGAAGGCAGUGGGAGCGCCAUGCUGUGGCGGGAGUCCCAGGGCUCACUCAACUCCUCGGCCAGCCUGGACCUGGGCUUCUUGUCCUCGGCCAGUACGGCCGCCAGCCCCUGGACGGAGGGCCAUCGGAAGAGCCUGGGGGGCAGCGAGGCAGAGCUGCCAGCCAAGCCCAUGAAGUACUGCUGCGUGUACCUGCCCGACGGCACAGCCUCGCUAGCCUCCGUCCGGCCUGGCCACUCCAUCCGCGACAUGCUGGCAGGGAUAUGCGAGAAACGUGGCUUCAGCCUCCCUGACAUCAAGGUCUACCUGGUGGGGAACGAGCAGAAAGCGCUGGUGCUGGACCAGGAGUGCUCCGUGUUGGCAGACCAGGAGGUGAAGCUGGAGAACAGGAUAAGCUUUGACCUGGAAAUCUCCUCCCUCAAUAAGACCAUCCGCAUCACGGCAAAGUCAACCAAGCGCAUCCGGGAAGCACUGCAACCUGUGCUGGGGAAGUACGGCGUGAGCAUGGAGCUGGUGCUGCUGCGGCGGCAAGGCGAGCCAGCCCCCGUGGACCUGGAGAAGCUGGUCAGCACAGUGGCUGCUCAGAAACUUGUCCUGGAAACACUGGCAGACGUACGAGUGACGGAGAGUGCCGAGGCUGCGGCCGCCCCCUCCCCGCUCCGGAGUGAGGAGGGAAGCCCAACAGGAGCAGAGCCCAACACACUGUGGGAGAUGCCUUCCUCCUUCUCCCGGCCCCGGUCUUCAGCUGCCACGAACCUGAACCGCCGCACGUACGACCUGGAAGGGCUGGUGGAGCUGCUGAACCGUGCCCAGAGCUGCCGGGCCAACGACCAGCGUGGGCUGCUCUCCAAGGAGGACCUGGUCCUGCCUGACUUCCUCCAGCUCCCUGGGCAGGAUGACAGCACCUGCAAGGGCUCAGAUCAGCCCCGCGCCCUUCACCCAGGCUCCGAGGGAAACGGCCAUCCUCAGUCCACAGAGCCCACACCGGCUCAGCCUCCGGUCGACCACGAGCUCCGAUGAGUCCUGCUGCACGUCUGCACCCGGCGCGUGGUACCCCCGGGCCAUGCCGGGGUUCAACACGGGGCCCAACCGGCCUCUGCCCUGCACCGCCGACACUGCCUGGACCGCAGAUUCGUCCACGUCCUGUCCCAAACUGUUGUGUCGUGUCACUGUGAGUGGUUGAGCAGCUGCCAUGCCCCUCAGUGGGGUUGCAUCCUGGUGCACAUCAAGGGAGUCCUGUACAUAGUUUGAAUCCCUGUUGCAAAGCACUUUGCAACGUCCCACGCAUGCCUGGCACUGUCCUGCCCAGUGCCUCUGCCUGCUCUGCCUGCGGCAAAGCUGCCCACCCAGCAAAUCCUGCCUGUGCCGGGCUGGCACAGCCCCACUGACUGUUCAGGUGGGGAAAGAACCCUUCCAAAUGAAGGGUGUGCAGGGUAGAGAGGAUGGGUGGGGUGGCAAGGCAGGCUCCAGCCCCAAACCCCGGUGCUGUUGGCAGGCAGGGUCAGGAGAAUGAGUGUCUGGAGCUGAGGGCUGGAUCCAGUCCCUGACCCCGCAGGAACAGGGCUUCCCCCAUUGUUGAUGUGUGGGUCUACCCUUCCUGGGGAGGGUGAGCAUGGCCCUGCCAGCCUGUGCCCUGGGCAGGUUGUUACCGUCUGCAUUGCGUGAGUGUGGCUGGCCCUGAUCCUGCCACGAUAGCACUGCCAUUGUGGAGCAGGGAACCUGGUUCCUGCCCCAAGCAGACAGAGGCAGAGCCCGCAGGUCGUGCCAAAGAAGCCUUCCUCCUCCCUGCAGGGAGACCCUGCGUGGGCGGCUGCUGAAGCGACCUGCAGGACGAGUUCCCCAUAGGUCCCCUGCCCCGGCCUGGCUGGGGCUGUGGGUGCUUGGCCCUUGGGGACAGGCCUGCUGGUGCCAGAGGAAUGCAGCACCCCUGGGUGCUGAGCAUCUGAGCCUGGUGUGUGGGUACCCAGCAGGUGCCCAGCCUGGCAUCCCUGCUGGCAGCUGUGCUGGGCUAUAACUUUGAGCCUGGCUCUGCUGGACCUGGCUGUGCCUUGUGGGUCCUCAUCCCCAGCAGCCCCAUGUCCCCAGAGGUCCCAGACCCAGUCUGCGAUGGAGGCAGCCCCCCGACAGCAGCCAGGAGAUCCCUCCAUCAUCUGUGUGUGCUGGGGCCCUUCGUGGCUGUGCCCUGGGUCACUGCUCUGUCACCACUGCCCGGCCAGAGGCAGAGGGGUGACCCAGGGCAGCUCCGGGUCUUGCCCAGGGACGGGGGGCAUGACCACCCAGCCCCGCGCUGCCGCGGCCGGCUGCGGCCCCGCGGCCCCGGUCAGAGCCCCCCUGUGUCUCCGUGGUGCUGCUCAGUCCCGUCUGUGGUGUGAAACCGGGGGAAAUAAAGAGCAUUGCCUGGA